AUGCAUGUCAGUAGCCAUGUCAGUAGCAACGUGAGCAACAGCGAAGUCAAUGUCUCUCAUUCCUCUGUUACUUGCUCUGACUCGAACACAUCGACGCCAAACGAUUAUACCAGACUCCUUCCCGAAUCUACCCCCAAGCCCAUUGGGGAUGAUUUUCCCUGGGAUGAUGAGGUUGACAAGGAUGCCUCGGAGCUUCCACGGGGCAAGCGGAUUCUGACAGAAUUCUGGGAGCUGUUAAAGGGCUCAGUGCCCGUCAUUAUGGCCUACAUGUUACAGAUGAGCUUGCAGACUAUUCCAGUAAUCAUUGUCGGUCAUUUGUCCCCAAUGUACCUGGCCGUCAGCGCUUUCUCAUUGAUGUUUGCUCUGGUCACUGGAUGGAUGAUUGCAUUGGGAGGAACUACGGCUAUGGAUACCCUGGCCUCGUCAACCUUCACCGGAAGUGAAAAUAAGCACGAUUUAGGCAUCCUUCUUCAACGUGCUUUCUUGGUUCUUGGAGCCUUUUAUAUCCCAGUCGCUGUCAUCUGGGCUUGUUCCAACCCUAUCUUCCAGGCUCUUGGCCAAGAUCCCGAACUCUCUUAUUUGAGCUCUAAAUUUUUGACGGCCUUGAUUCCCGGGGGACUUGGCUAUAUCUACUUUGAGACGAUGAAGAAGUACUUACAGGCGCAAGGAAUUAUGCGAGCCGGAACGUAUGUUCUGCUCAUCACUUCACCCCUCAAUGCUGGAUUGUGUUAUCUAUUCUGUUACACACUGGACUUUGGGCUACUAGGGGCCCCACUGGCAGCCGAUAUCUCCUACUGGACCUCUUUCAUCCUGUUGGUCCUAUAUGCCAAGUUUGUCGCCGGCUCCGAAUGCUGGGGUGGCUGGUCUCGAGCGGCGCUCACAAACCUAUGGGCCUUCGCUCGACUGGCAAUCCUUGGGAUCUUGCAUGUCGGAACUGAAUGGUGGGCCUUCGAGAUCGUGGCUUUGGUGGCCGGUCGCCUGGGAACCAUUUCUCUAGCAUCCCAGAGCGUGAUCAUGACAGCCGAUCAAAUCAUGAAUACCAUCCCAUUCGGCCUAGGUGUUGCUACUUCUUCCCGUGUUGGAAACUUGCUCGGAUCACGAAAUUCCAAGGGCGCUUCACGUGCUGCGCACUCAUCUGCGAUUCUUGCCGUGGCCUUUGGUGCUGUUGUGCUAGCUAUUCUCAUGGGCACGAGAAACCACUUUGCGAAGAUCUUCAACGAUGACCCAGAGGUUGUUGAGCUCACCGCAGAAAUUAUGCCAUUUGUCGCGCUAUUCCAAAUUGCGGAUGGUAUGAAUGGCAGCUGUGGUGGAAGUCUUCGAGGUAUGGGCCGACAGCACAUAGGUGCCGCUAUCAAUUUGGUGAGCUACUAUUGUUUUGCUCUACCACUGGGUGUUUAUCUUGCUUUCCAUGGCUGGGGACUCAAAGGUCUUUGGGUUGGCCAAUGUGUCGCACUUUACUGUGCAGGCAUUUUGGAGUGGGUUCUUGUCGCCUUCACACAAUGGGAAAAUGAAGUUCGCAAAGCGUUCAAGCGUAUGGAUGGCCAUGGUAGUUUGGAGUCUGGUGCUGGACCCGAGAUAGCAGGCAACGAGUAA